AUGACUGUCCCGUAUAGCAAUCUUGAGGUUGCCGUCCCUUAUGACGUUCCUGACCACUUCUAUGCAUCAUCAACAGAGCCGCCGAAAGUACAAACUCCACAAAGGUCGAAUACCAGAAAGACAUGGCUCAUCAUUGUAGCCGUUGUUGUUUUGGUGGGCGCCUUGGCCGGGGGUCUUGCUGGUGGCCUGCUCAGUCGCAAUCGCAGCGGUGCAAGCAAUACAGAUGAUGCGACGGCAUCUACACCGACGAAUGCUACAACAUCAUCAAGCACUGGCCCACUGGCACUUUCUCAACUAGCGAGUCUCAACUGGACCGAUAGUUCUCAGAUCCUGCGGCGAGCCGUCUUUUACCAACACGACAACGCGCUUUUUCUCAGCCAGUAUCAUCAGUCCAAUGACUCAUGGACUGCGUUCAACAUCAGCGACGUGUUCGAACGCGAAAGCAUAUCUAUCAAUGCGAAGCAAGGGACUCCGCUUGCCACUGCUGCUACUUCGAUAGACGACAUCAACGCGGGGCUAACCGACUUCACUGCUACUUUAUUCUACCUCGACACGGACAAUUAUAUACAGGAGUUGGUCUGCACCGAUGAAGACUUGAUCUCCAGCUGGAGCCUUGGAGAUCUCCAAAACCAUAAAAUUAUAGCCGCCGAGAACUCCAACCUGGCCGCAUUGGCGUACUUUUGUCCCAACGAUGGCCAAGAUUACCUAUGUAAUAAUCAAUUCACCAUCUUAUAUCAAGCAGUGGACCAGAGCAUCAUGUUUGUUGGCGCAACAGGCUGGGAGCCAUCAAAGAUGGCAUCUGGCUGGCCAGGCGGUGGCGUAGCCAUGUAUCCAUUCGCCUCAGAUGACGGGACCAAUCUCACAGACGUCAGUGAAAUUCGGUUCUACUAUCAAACCAAUACAAUUAUCGAAUUAUCAAUACAGAACUAUUUGGGACGCUACACAGCCCCGGGCGAGAGCAAUCCUAUACUCUCGAACCAAGAGGUGCGCAACGACCUAGUGCCGAAAAUCGUGGCGUCUCCGCGAAACUACCAUAGCGAGGCUAUAAUCAUGAGCAUGGAUGGGGCCGGAAACAUCACCGGCACAUACUACAGCCCCAAUACGUGGAACCACGACAAUAAAAUUCGCUUCCAAAACCAAGAUGGCGCUACCACGGUCGGUUACCUGAGCGUGGACUUGACCUCAAUCGCCAUGGAUCACAAUGGUACGUUUUACGGCAUUUCUGCAAAUGGUAGUGCCAUUAUGGCGUACUCGUGGAGUGCCGAAUCGAUCUUUGGAUUCGUCUGGAAGGAAAGCAUCACGGUGAGCUGA